GAUAGGCAGCGCAGACGUGGGCAGAGUGUGGGGGUAUAGGAAGAGGAGAUUGCGGGAGGGUAGGUAGUAGUGUGUGUGAGGCUGUCAGACAGCAUGGUCUGGGUCUGAGGACAGCACUGGAAGACAAAACAGCCGCCUACUGAACUCCAUGUAGACCAGAGUGGCGCCAUCCACAGAUCACCUGGACCUGUCCACUCAUCAGCACCCACCCAAGACAACACCUGCCUCUUCUAGAGAAGUAAGCGGAGUAGGACCAGGGAGGUGGGUCUGUUUAUAUUCUUUUUCUUUUAUUAUUUUCUCAGUUUUUUGGUUUUUGGAGUUGGCUCCUGGCUGGACCGCAUGCAUGACACAACGCAAAGGCGAGAAACCCACCAUCAGCAUCCAGGAGCACAUGGCCAUUGACGUGUGCCCUGGCCCCAUCCAGCCCAUCAAGCAGAUCUCUGACUACUUUCCCCGGUACCCACGGGGCCUUCCCCCUACUCUGCCCCACGUUGGGCCCCUCCGCUCUGCCCUCUCCACCUCCUCAGCUUCUGCCUCCACGACUGCUGCUGCUGAGAGUGACCGCCCCAAUGAGGAUAACCCAGACCGGGCUCUUGCCGGAGCCUCCGCCUCCUUACAGGCCACCAAAAAGGACGAGGAGCCUGAUGUGGAGGGAUACGACUCAGAUGACUCCACUACACUGGGAACCUUGGAAUUCAGUUUGCUGUAUGACCAGGAGAACAAUGCACUGCACUGCACCAUUAACAAAGCCAAGCUUCCUGUCCCCAGAUACAAAAAGGGGCUCAAGCCAAUGGACCACAAUGGGCUGUCAGAUCCCUACGUCAAGUUGCACCUACUGCCAGGCGCCAGCAAGGCCAAUAAACUCAGAACCAAGACCCUGCACAAUACACUCAACCCAGUCUGGAAUGAGACCCUGACCUACUACGGCAUCACUGAUGAGGAUAUGGUCCGCAAAACACUCAGGAUUUCAGUGUGUGAUGAGGACAAAUUCCGCCACAACGAGUUCAUCGGGGAAACGCGAAUCCCUCUCAAGAAGCUGAAGCCCAAUCAAACCAAGAAUUUCAACAACUGCCUGGAGAAACAGUUACCUGUCAAGACGGAAGACAAGUCUCUGGAGGAACGUGGACGAAUCAUGAUUUCUCUGAAGUACAACACCCAGAAGUCUUGCCUGGUAGUGGGCAUCAUACGCUGUGCUCACCUUGCCGCCAUGGAUGCCAACGGCUUCUCCGACCCCUACGUCAAAACGUAUCUGAAGCCAGACGAGAACAAAAAGUCAAAGCACAAGACUGCUGUGAAAAAGAAGACGCUCAAUCCUGAGUUCAAUGAGGAGUUCUGUUAUGACAUAAAAUAUGCAGACCUCACCAAAAAGACGUUGGAGGUGACCGUAUGGGACUACGACAUUGGAAAGUCGAAUGACUUCAUAGGUGGUGUAUCUCUGGGCAUCAAUGCAAAUGGAGAAAGGCUCAAGCACUGGUUUGACUGCCUCAAAAACAAGGACAAAAAAAUUGAACGCUGGCACACGUUGACCAAUGAAUUACCCGGUUCAUUAAAUGACUGAACGCACACAUCCUUCGUCCAACCUGUUCGCCGGCUGCACCAGGACUCCCGCAUCCCCCCCGUCCUCUCCACCCAGGUCGUCUUCUCUGGGUCGCCCUCGUGUUGCCCGCAUCGACCUGAGACGCCUCUCUUUGGGAAUACGCAGUAUUUCCUCUCCACAGGGCUGAGCUUAAAACAUACACAUCUCAUGUUUGUGUUCAGCAACACUUUCACACAUACAGAGAGGAGGUUGCACAGCUGCUCAUUUCAUGUUUUUAAGAGAAAUUCAAUCCACAAGAUGACUGACAGGGAUUGUAGCGUUGACUUUAAAGGAUUCUUGUAUGAACGGUGGAAGAUAAAAGAAGCAAAAUCUAUUUGAUGAGAUCUUUUACAGCAGUUAAAGAAUUUCCACUAAUCCAUAAAGCUGCACAGGAAAAACCUCAUGAUUUCAAUUUGAGCAGGAUCUUAGGAUUUAAAGUAGUGGAUACACUAACAAAGGAUGUAGCAAAUAUUUUGUAUCAUUAAUACAAGUUCUAGAUUUGGAGCAUGUAUUUUCCAUUUGGGCAGAUGAGAGCAAUGCCAUAGAGACUUCGUGUAGUUUAUGGAGAACAGUCUUUAAAACCGGCUGCAGGUUGAGGUCUCAUUAUGCUUCAAACCAUGUCUGAACCACGACUCUCUGCAAUGAAAACUGCUGUUUUGUUUGUUUGAUAGAGUUAAUAGUGAAGCUUGUGUAAAGCCAAAAACUCCACAGAGAAAGAGAGCUGGGUUCCGGCAAGAGUUGCCUAUAGCUACUUUAUAUUGUAAGCCAAAUAAUCUACAAUAAUAAACAGUAACCUCUAACAAUCAGAAGGCCCCCAAUGUGCAAGUAGAGUGACACAAGUGAGAGUGGGAAGGAAGAACUCCCUUUAAACAGGAAGAAACCAGAGAUUAACGGAGUGUUCAGGUAACAGGACCCCAAAGCAGACUCAGCACACCGCAGCUCAGAACUGUGUACAUGUUUUUAUUGAACUGAAGAAUCUUUUAACAACGUUAAGGAAACGAAAAACUAAGGCUCAUGCCACGGGGGGAAACGAGGAGCGUGGAGCCCAGGAGCACCGUAAUCGGGACCG